UGGAUAGAAUUCCCACUUUGGACGGAGCCUCACCAAAACCACACCGGACCACCUCACUCUCUCCCUGCCUUUUUCCCCGGACUGAGGACUGAGCGUCUGCAGCUGAGAUUUUACCUUUUUUUUUUCUUCUUUUUCGUUCAUCAUCAAACCAAAGAAAUCUUCAUCUUUAGCCUCAUUCAUGUGCUGCUGAGUUGCAGGAGCUGAAGAUGAAGAUGAAGAGCAGGUUUUCUCUGGUGGCGUCUCCACCGCUGCUGCUGCUGCUGCUGAUGAUGAUGAUGAUGAUGUUCUCCUCCACCCAGGCUCAGGAGCAAGUCCACCCUCCGACAGAUUUGAGGUUUAAGCUUUUAAACGAGAACACGGUGCAGGUGUUGUGGAGCCGACCACGGUCGAGGAUCGAUGGCUACAGGAUACAAGUGACUUCAGACGCAGGAGAACCGACAAAAGAAUUCUCUCUCCCUGCAUCUGCGACAAAGACCUCCGUCUCAGACCUGAGUCCAGAUGUGGAUUAUGUCGUAACAAUAACGGCGUAUGUCGGAUUGGAGGAGAGUCUGCCGGUCUCUGGCCAGAUCACAUUCGAGUCGAGCGGCAGAGAAUCGUCCAGGACGUCACAACCUUCACACGCUCUCAAAUGCUCGGCGGGCGCCGUUGCUGACGUGGCGUUCUUGGUGGACGGCUCCUGGAGCGUGGGCCGGCCGAACUUCAAAUUUGUGCGUAACUUUGUGUCGGCGGCGGCCGGAGCCUUCCAGAUCGGCGAGGACAGGAGCCGCGUGGCGGUGGUGCAGUACAGCGACGACGCCAGGACCGAGUUCAACCUCAACACGCACCUGACACGAGCGGCGCUGCUGCGCGCCAUCGGCUCGCUGGCGUACAAAGGAGGAGGAGCCACCAUGACAGGCGAUGCCCUCGACCACAUCCUGAGGAACACGUUCACCGAGGCAGCUGGCGCCAGGACGGGUUUUCCUAAAGUCCUGGUGAUCGUCACCGACAGCAGAUCGGAGGAUCCAGUGGAGAGCUACGCCAAGCAGCUCCGCGGCCGCGGGGUGGAGGUCUUUGUCCUCGGGAUCCAUCAGGCCGACGAAGCCGAGAUGAAGCUGAUGGCGUCCGUGCCGCACAGAAGUCACGUCUACAACGUCGCCAACUUCGACGUGAUCAAGACCGUGCAGAGAGAGCUGGUGAUGCAGGUGUGCGCCGGCGUUGACGAUCAACUGGGAUCACUGGCCAGUGGAGAAGAAGUCAUUGAGCCGGCCUCGAAUCUCCAGGUCCUGGAGGUCGGCUCCAAGGUCAUACGCGUGUCCUGGGACGCUUCCAUCGGAGACGUCUCCGGAUACAAGGUGCAGAUGAUUCCCAUGAUGAUUGGCAGCAAGCGUCAGGAGCUCUACCUGGGCCCGACGCAGACGUCGGUGGCCGUCAGAGAUCUGUCUCCAGACACUGAGUACCAGAUCAGUGUGUUCGCUCUGAAGGGCUUGUCUCCCAGCGAGCCAAUCACAGCCCUGCAGAAGACAGAGACGGUCAAAGUGUCCAUGGAAUGUUCUCUCGGCAUGGACGUCCAGGCUGACGUCGUCCUCCUGGUGGACGGCUCCUACAGCAUCGGUUUGGCCAACUUUGCCAAAGUGCGAGCGUUCCUGGAGGUGCUGGUGAACACCUUUGACAUCGGGCCGAACAAGGUCCAGAUCAGCCUGGUCCAGUACAGCCGCGACCCGUACACCGAGUUCUACCUGAACUCUCACCACGACCUGUCCGCCGUGGUCAAGGCCGUCCGGUCUUUCCCGUACAGAGGUGGCUCCACCAACACCGGCAGGGCCAUGACCUACGUGAGGGAGAGGAUCUUCCAGGCCACCAGGGGCUCGCGCACCAACGUCCCCCGCGUGACCAUCCUCAUCACUGACGGCAAGUCCUCCGACGCCUUCCGGGACCCGGCCACCAGGCUGAGGAACUCAGACGUGGAGAUAUUUGCAGUGGGCGUGAAGGACGCGGUGCGGUCUGAGCUGGAGGCCAUCGCCAACCCGCCGGCAGAGACACACGUGUACACGGUGGAGGACUUUGACGCCUUCCAGAGAAUCUCCACGGAACUCACGCAGUCCAUCUGCCUGAGGAUCGAGCAGGAGCUCCUCAACAUCAUCAAGAGACAACUGGUCCAGCCGAGGGCGCUGGCCUUCUCCGACGUCAGCCCCAGGAGCUUCAGGGCCUCGUGGGAGAUCGACGCCAACAACGUCGAGUCCUAUCUGGUUCAGUUCAAGCCGGCGGACGACGCCGAGGGACAUUACAUCUCUAUGUCGGUGCCGGGGGAAACACUCACCGCCCUCCUGCCGCACCUCGUCCCACUCACUCGCUACGAAGUCAACGUUUACGCUCAGUACGACAAAGGAGACAGUUUGCCCGUAAAAGGUUAUGAAACCACCACAGAAGAACAAGGCCCAGUGCGGAACCUGCGAGUGUCCGAAGAGACCACAAACAGCUUCCGCGUGUCGUGGCUGCCGGCGCCGGGAGCCGUCACUCGAUACCGGCUGAGCUACGAGCCCACGGACGGCGAGAGCUCCGUCCUGGAGACGACCACCGACGGCACUGAGGCGACGACCGUGCUCCAGCAGCUCCGCCCCCAAACGACAUACCGCGUCACUGUCACGCCCGAGUACCAGUCCGGCCCAGGAGUCCAGCUGCAGACCGAAGGCACCACCAAAGAAGACGGCGGUCCUCCCAGAGACCUGGUCACCAGUGACGUGACCGACACCAGCUUCGUGGCGUCGUGGACGGCUGCGCCGGGCAACGUGAGGUCGUACCGGGUUCAGUGGAAAUCGCUCUUUACCCGGGAGUCCGGGGAGAAAACUGUCCCGGGACACGUGACGAGGACAACGCUGGACGCUCUGACGCCAGAGACGCUUUACCAGGUGUCUGUCGCUGCCGGCUACGACCACAAAGAAAGUGACGCCGUCACCGGACAGGAAACCACAGACGCCUCUGCUGCUGGUAAAAAACUCACCGUGUCUGACGAGACCGAGCGAACCAUGAAGGUCACGUGGACGGCGGCGCCGGGAAAGGUGGUCAACUACCGGCUGAAGUACGCCCCGGUGGGCGGUGGCAGGGAGCUGGUCAUGAAGAUCCCCGGCGGGGUCACGUCCACCGUCAUGCGGCGCCUGCAGCCCAAGACCACCUACGACAUCGCCGUCCAGCCCAUCUACAAGCGCGGGGAAGGAAAAGCAAGGCAAGGAGUAGGAACGACACUGUCACCUUACAAAAGUCCACAGAACCUCCAGACGUCAGAACCCACCAGGAACAGUUUCAGAGUCACCUGGGAUCCAGCGCCGGGAAAGGUCAAGGGCUACAAAGUGACCUUUCACCCCACAGGGGACGACAUCGACCUCGGGGAGCUGCUGGUCGGCCCCUAUGACAACACCGUAGUUCUGGAGGAGCUUAGGGCAGGAACGAAAUACUCGGUGGCCGUGUUUGGGAUGUUUGACGGCGGGGAGAGCACGCCGCUGGCCGGAGAGGAGAAGACGACUCUGUCCGACACUCCUGAGCCGCCUCCUCUCCGCCCGUCUGGAGCUGCGUGUAAGACGCCGGCGAAGGCCGACAUCGUGCUGCUGGUGGACGGCUCCUGGAGCAUCGGCCGCAUUAACUUCAAAACCAUCCGCAACUUCAUCUCUCGCAUGGUCAGCGUGUUCGACAUCAGCCCUGACAGAGUCCAGAUCGGUCUGGCUCAGUACAGCGGCGACCCGAAGACCGAGUGGCACCUGAACGCUCACCCGAACAAAGAGUCGCUGCAGAAGGCCAUCGCCGGGCUGCCGUACAAAGGCGGGAACACCAUGACAGGUAUGGCUCUGACCUACAUCCUCAACACCAACUUCAAAGCCGAGGUGGGAAUGAGACCCGACUCCCGCAAGAUCGGCGUCCUGAUCACUGACGGAAAGUCUCAGGACGAGAUCGUCGCCAGCUCCCAGAGCCUGAGAGACAGCGACAUCGAGCUCUACGCCAUCGGUGUGAAGAACGCUGACGAGAACGAGCUCAGGUCCAUCGCCACCGACCCCGACGAGAUCCACAUGUACAACGUCAACGACUUCAAGUUCCUCGUGGACAUCGUGGACGACCUCAGCAGCAACCUGUGCAACAGCGUCAAGGGUCCAGGAGGAGAAGGAGUGGAGUCGCCCACCAACCUGGUGACCUCGGACGUGACCCACUACUCCUUCAGAGCCACGUGGACGGCACCCGGCGGCCCCGUGGACAGAUACCGUGUCGUGUACGCGGCUGCGGCCGGAGGACCGAGCUACGAGGUGAUGGUGGACGGGGCGGUGACCACCACGGUGCUGGAGAACCUGACUCCGCUUACAGAGUACGUCGUCAGUGUUCACGCCGUGGUCGGCGAGGAGUCCAGCGAACCUCUGAGGGGAACCGAGACGACCCUGCCGCUGUCCACCGUGAAGAACAUGGAUGUUUACAAUGAGGGUGUCACCAGUAUGUGGGUGAGGUGGGACGGGGUUCCCGGAGCCAGCAGCUACAUGCUGCUGUACAGAUCCAUCAACGCCACCGAGCCACAGCUGGAUAAUGAGCUACGAGUUGGAGGAGACAUCACGAACGUUGAGCUGCAGCAGCUGAUUCCUAACACGGCGUACAACAUCAGACUCCACGCUCUGUACGGAGAAGCCACCAGCGACGCUCUGGAAGGAACAGGAGUCACCUUGCCCAGGCCUCCUGCUGGAGCCCUGACCAUCACCGACGUGACCCACAGCACCAUGAGGCUCCGCUGGGACGCGGCUCCUGGAGCCGUGCGCAAAUACAUGAUCACCUACAAACCGGAGGAUGGAGACCUCCAAGAGACUGAAGUCAGCGGUGACAUCACGUCCCUGGAUCUGUCCAGCCUCAUCUCACAGACCGAGUAUGACGUCGCCGUCACACCCAUCUACGACGAAGGACCUGGAUCCCCGAUGCUGGGAAUAGCCAUCACAGACGUCGUUCCCGCUCCUAAGAACCUGCAGUUCUCUGACGUGACCAUGACCUCGUUCAGAGCCACGUGGGAACACAGCGCUCCUGACGUCGCCCUGUACCGCGUCGGCUGGACCAAGAGAGGAGAGAACGACCCCAAGUUUGAAAUCCUGCCCAAGGACGAGAACACCCACGUUCUGCCGAACCUGGACCCCGACACCGAGUACGACGUCACCGUCACGGCCAUCUACCCCGACGAGUCGGAGAGCGAGGACCUGAUGGGACGAGAGCGAACACGGUUAAAGGCUCCAGAUGUGGUUCCAGAGCCUCCUCGAAACCUGAGGGUUCUGAACGCCACCACGUCCACGUUGACGGCCAAAUGGGACGCUGCCCCCGGCCCCGUCCAGAACUACAGGAUUACCUACAGUCCCGUCGACGGAGGCGAACCGCUCGUGAUUCAGGUCGGAGGAAAGAAGACGAGCACCGUCCUGCAGAAGCUCAAGCCCGACACGCCGUACGCCGUCAAAGUCGCAGCAGUUUACUCCACCGGCGUCAGCGCCGAUGUCGCCGACCGAGGAAGAACCAAGCCUCUAGGGGGAGUGAAGAACCUGCAGGUGUUGAACCCGACCAUGACCUCGCUGAACGUGCGCUGGGAACCCGCCGAGGGUCGAGUCAGAGAGUACAAGGUCUUCUACGUCCCAAAGGCCGGAGGAGACGACAGCAUGGAAAAAGUGUCGGCAGGUACGACCAAUACCGUCCUGCGAGGCCUGCAGCCCGACACCCUCUACACCGUGUCUGUGGUGCCGGUUUACCCCGAUGGAGACGGACAGAGCGUGUCUGAGGACGGGAAGACGAAACCACCAGGGGGAGUGAAGAACCUGCAGGUGUUGAACCCAACCAUGACCUCGCUGAACGUGCGCUGGGAACCCGCCGAGGGUCGAGUCAGAGAGUACAAGGUCGUCUACGUCCCCGCGGCCGGAGGAGACGAGAGUGUGGAAAAAGUGGCGGCAGGUACGACCAACACCGUCCUGCGAGGCCUGCAGCCCGACACCCUCUACACCGUGUCUGUGGUGCCCGUUUACCCCGAUGGAGAUGGACAGAGCAUGUCUGAGGACGGGAAGACGAAACCACCAGGGGGAGUGAAGAGCCUGCAGGUGUUGAACCCGACUAUGACCACGCUGAACGUGCGCUGGGAACCCGCCGAGGGUCAAGUCAGAGAGUACAAGGUCGUCUACGCUCCCGCCGCCGGAGGAGACGAGAGCGUGGAAAAAGUGUCGGCAGGUACGACCACCACCGUCCUGCGAGGCCUGCAGCCCGACACCCUGUACACCGUGUCUCUGGUGCCUGUCUACGCCGAGGGAGACGGACAGAGCAUCUCCGACAACGGAAAGACAAGGCCACUGGGUGGCGUGAAGGACCUGCAGGUGACCGACCCCACCAUGACCUCUCUGAACGUGGACUGGCAGCCGGCCGACGGCGCUGUUCGCCUCUACAAGGUCUUCUACGUGCCGGCCGCUGGCGGGCGAGAGGAGAUGGAGCAAGUUCCCGCAGCAACUACCAACAUGGUCCUGAGGAACCUGCUGCCCGACACAGAGUACACCGUGUCGGUGUUACCGGUUUACCCGGCGAGGGAGGGGAAGCGCCAGUCAGAGAACGGAAAGACACUUCCUCUGAGCGGAGUCGGCACCAUGAGAGUGACCAACCCGACCAUCACCUCGCUGACGGUCAACUGGAAUCCUGCCGACGGCAACGUCCAGGGCUACAAGGUCAUCUACGUUCCUGCUGACGGAGGGCUGGAGAUCGUGGAGCAAGUGUCAGAGAGCACCACCUCCACCGUCCUGGAGAAGCUGCUGCCGGACACCCGUUACUCCGUCACCGUGGUGCCUGUCUACGCAGAGGGAGACGGACCCAGCCUGUCUGACAAUGGCAAGACAAGGCCCUUGGGUUUUGUGAGGAACCUGCAGGUCACCGAUCCGACCACCACCACCCUGAACGUCCGCUGGGAGCCUCCAGAGGGCAACGUGCGCGAGUACAUCGUGAUCUGGGUGCCGGCGGCUGGCGGAGAGCAGGAAGUGGACCAGGUAUCUGGAAGCACGACCUCCACCGUCCUGAAGAGCCUGGAGCCAGACACCGAGUACACGGUCACCGUGGUGCCUGUCUACCACGAGAUGGAGGGGAAACCGCUAUCUGAAAACGGGAAAACAAAUCCAAUGGGAGGAGUCAAGAACUUGCAGGUGACUGACCCGACCUUCAGCUCGCUGGCGGUCCGCUGGCAGCCCGCGGUCGGUAACGUCCGCACCUACAAAGUCUUCUACGCGGCUCAGCCGGGAGGAGAAGAGCGAAUGGAGGAAGUGUCGGGCGGAACGACCAACACCAUCCUGAGGAACCUGGAAUCCGACACGGUCUACGACGUUGCGGUCGUUCCCGUCUAUCCAGACGUGGAGGGAAUACGACAGGCGGAGAAGGGAAAGACGAAGGCUCUGGGUGGAGUGAAGAAUCUCCAGGUGACUGACCCCACCACCAACUCCCUGAGGGUCCGCUGGGAACCGGCCGAGGGCGACGUCAGAACCUACCAGAUCAUCUACGCACCCGCCAGCGGAGGACCUGACAGCACGACUCAGGUGUCGGGGAUUUCCACAAACACAGUUCUCAGAGAUUUGCUUCCAGACACUGAGUACAAAGUGACGCUGGUGCCCAUUUACGCCGACGCCGAGGGAAAACGCACGUCUGAGAACGGAAAGACGAAGGCUCUGGGAGGAGUGAAGAACCUGCAGGUCACUGAUCCGACCACCAGCUCCCUGAAGGUGCGCUGGGACCCAGCAGAAGGCAACGUCCGUCAGUACCGCAUCUUCUACGUCCCCGCGACCGGCGGCGCUGAGGACAUGGAGCAGGUGUCGGGCGGCACCACUAACACCGUGCUGAGGAACCUUCUGUCCGACACGCCCUACACUGUGACCGUGGUGCCGGUUUAUCCAGAGGGAGAAGGUCUGCGUCAGUCUGACAACGGGAAAACAUUGCCACGCACACCGCCCAGGAACAUCAAGGUGUAUAAUCCCACCCCCAACAGCCUGAACGUGCGCUGGGAGCCGGCGACGGGUCAGGUGCAGCAGUACCGCGUCACGUACGCACCGCUGACCGGAGCCAGACCUGCUGAGUCGGUGCUGGUUCCAGGAAACCUGAACACGGCGUUCCUGGACAACCUGAUCCCGGACACUCCGUACUCCGUCAGUGUCUCUGCCCUGUACGCUGACGGAGAGGGACGGCCUGUGAAGGACAGCGGCAAAACACUGCCACGCGGUGGUCCCAGGAACAUGCGCGUGUUUGACGCCACCACCAACACCCUCACCAUCGGCUGGGAUCACGCUGAGGGACCGGUGAGACAGUACAAGAUCGCCUACGCCCCCAUGACCGGAGACCCCAUCACUGAGUUUACGACCGUCCCUGGAAACAGAAACAACGCCAUGCUGCAGAACCUGAACCCCGACACGCCGUACAACAUCACCGUGGAGGCCGUGUACGCCGAGGGCCCGGGAGGAGAACUCAACGGAAACGGACGCACAGUUGGUCUCCUGAGCCCCAGAAACCUGCGGGUCUCAGACGAGUGGUACACUCGCUUCAGAGUGUCCUGGGACCCGGUGUCCGCUCCGGUCCAGGGCUACAAACUCAUUUACUCCCCCGCAGGCGGCUCCGAUCCGCCCAUCGACUUCUUCGUGGGCGACGUGACGUCGUACACGCUGCACAACCUUCAGCCUGGAACCACCUACGACGUCAAGGUCGUCGCGCAGUACACCGGCGGCUCGAGCGCGCCGCUCAACGGGAAGGGAACGACACUCGACCUGAACGUGUCCAACAUCGAGACGUACGGCGUCGACCACGACAAGUUCUGCAUCAAAUGGGCUCCUCACCGGGCAGCGACGUCGUACCGCAUCAGACUCAACCCUGUGGACCCAUCCAGUCGAGGACAGCAGGAGAUCACCAUCCCUGCUGGUGUCCCUCAGUACUGCUUUGACGGUCUGUCCCCCGACGCUCUGUACACGGCCACCGUCUUCGUCCAGACGCCCAACCUGGAGGGACCCGGGGUCAGCGCCAAAGAGAGGACACUGGUGAAGCCCACUCCUGCUCCUACACUCCCACCAACGCCCGUGCCUCCACCCACCAUCCCCCCCGCGUGGGCAGUUUGUAAAGGAGCCAAAGCAGACGUGGUUUUCCUCAUCGACGGCUCCUGGAGCAUCGGUGAGGACAGUUUCACCAAAGUCAUUCACUUUGUCUCAGACAUGGUCGGAGCUUUCGAUAUCGUCGGACCUUCAGGAAUGCAGGUGUCGUUUGUGCAGUACAGCGACAACGCAAAGACGGAGUUCAGGCUAAACGCGUACAAAGACAAAGGCAUCGCCAUGUCGGCGCUUCAUCACGUCCGCUACCAAGGAGGAAACACAAAGACAGGCGUGGCUCUGAAGCACACCUACGAAAAGGCCUUUUCACUGGAGAACGGAAUGAGAAGGAACGUCCCCAAGAUUGUGGUCACCAUCACAGACGGACGUUCUCAGGACGAGGUGAAGAAGAGCGCCGCCAGUCUGCAGCACGCAGGUUACAGCGUGUUCGCCAUCGGCGUCGCAGACGUGGACUUUGUGGAGCUGCAGGAGAUCGGCAGCAAACCCAGCGACAGACACGUGUUCGUCGUGGACGACUUUGACGCUUUCGCCACCAUCAAAGAAAACCUGGUCACGUUUAUCUGUGAAACGGCGACGUCGUCCUGUCCUCUGAUCUUCCUGAAUGGAUUCACGUCACCGGGCUUCAGGAUGCUCGAGGCCUUCAACCUGACGGAGAAGAACUAUGGUACAGUCAAAGGCGUUUCCAUGGAGACGGGCUCCUUCAACAGCUACACCGCGUACAGACUCCACAAGAACGCCUUCCUGACGCAGCCCACCACAGACAUCCAUCCUGAAGGUCUUCCUCACGCCUACACCAUCAUCCUCAUGUUCCGCCUCCUCCCAGACUCCCCCUCCGAGGCCUUCGACAUCUGGCAGGUGUCGAGCAAAGACCACAAGCCAGAGACCGGCGUCACCAUUGACCCGUCCACUCAGACGGUGUCUUUCUACAACAAAGACGAGCGCGGCGAGGUCCAGAGGGUUACGUUUGACGACAGCCCGGUGAAGAAGAUCUUCCACGGAAGUUUCCACAAGCUCCACAUCCUGGUUUCAUCCACCAGCGUCAAGCUCAACGUCGAUUGCCAAGAAGUGGCUGAGAAGCAGAUCAAGGAUGCUGGAAACACGUCCAGCGACGGCUACCAGGUUCUGGGCAAGAUGUCCAAGUCCAUCGGCUCCAAGGGAGAAUCUGCGACGUUCCAGCUCCAGAUGUUUGACAUCAUCUGCAGUUUGGCCUGGACCAGCAAGGACAGAUGCUGUGACCUGCCGUCAAUGAGGGACGAGCUGAAGUGUCCCGCUCUUCCAAACUCCUGCACCUGCACCUCAGAGGCCAACGGACUCCCGGGACCUCAGGGUCCAGUGGGAGCUCCUGGCAGCAAAGGUCCUCGGGGUGAAAGAGGAGAAGCAGGUCCUGCUGGACCCGUCGGCCCGCGGGGAGACAACGGACCACCUGGACCCAUGGGUCUGCCUGGUCCUCAAGGACCCAGCGGGCUGUCCAUUCCAGGACCAGCUGGCCGCCCUGGACCUAAGGGAGACCGCGGUGACGCCGGUUUACCUGGACAGAAGGGUUCUCCUGGUCCUGCUGGUGCUGCGGGUCCAAUUGGACCGGCCGGAGUCAGAGGUCCUCAAGGGAAGGACGGAACCGCUGGACCCAGAGGCCCCCCAGGACCCAUGGGACCUCCAGGAUCUCCUGGAAUAACAGGAGGAGCAGGACAACCCGGAAAACCCGGAGACUCUGGAUCUCCUGGAAACGUCGGAGCUAAAGGAGACAAAGGAGAGAGAGGUGACUUUGCUCCUCAAAACAUGAUGAGAUUCAUCGCCAGACAAGUUUGUGAGCAGCUCGUCACCUCACAAAUGAGUCGAGUCAACACGCUACUGAACCAGAUCCCGAGCGAGCAGCGAAACAGCGGCCCGGGACCUGCAGGACCCCCCGGUCCUCCUGGCAGACAGGGGCCCCGCGGAGAGCCCGGCGCCUCGGGCAGGAACGGUUUCCCAGGAAGCUCAGGUUUACCAGGCCAGCUCGGAGAGAGAGGUCCUGCAGGAGAGAAAGGUGAACGAGGUUCAUCAGUGGUGGGACAGAAAGGACCCAGAGGGCCUCCAGGUCCUCCAGGGGAAAGCAGGACGGGACCUCCAGGACCUCCAGGCUCUGCCGGACCACGCGGUCCCCCCGGACGUCCAGGAUAUGCUGGCAUGCGUGGUCCUGCUGGACCUUCAGGAUACUGCGACUCCUCUCAGUGCGUCGGGAUUCCUUACAACGGACAAGGAUACGCAGGUUCACAGCAGUAACUUUUCUCGCCUCUGCGCUGCUUUCACUGACACAAACAAAACAAACCCAGUCCUGUAACUGAAACACAUGCUCACUCGCUCUAAAGCUCAUCAACAACAACAACAACAACAACAACAACAACAGAGAGGAAACGCUGUACUAACAACGACUCACACAGACGACGACGGCGCCGCCAAACACCAGAGAGCGUUCAGUGGAGGAGCAUGAGACAAAUGAGACAAAUGAGACAAACAACAGAGAAGCAAAUACUAACAAAGGUGGAAGCACCACAGCUUCAGCAGCAGCAGCAGCAUUUUAGUGUGGACGUGUAAAUAAACUCAUUUGUGCCUGUAAAGUGUGUUUGAAUCCAGUUUUAACAUCUGUGGGUUUGAAGCUUGUGCUUUUGCAAAACAACAACAACAACAACAACAACAACCACCUGCUGCUUUGCUGAACGCCAUUCCUUUUCUUUUUGUUCCUUUCUUUGAAUUUUUCUAUGUCCUGUGUUUGCAGCUGUUUUUUUUAACUGAACUGUCUCUACACUCAGGUUCAGGUUCAGGUUUGACGCUUUAUAUGCAAAAAACCCAACAAAAACGAUUCCUAACAGCUGAUUCGUCACUAACCAUGAGUUCUGUUCUGGUGUAUGAUGUGAAGUGUCUGUGUCAUAAUUGAUUCAUUUAGUCCAUAAAAAUUUAAGAUUAUUCAAUUUUAAGAAGCGGGAAACUUCUAGAAGUUUGUUUGAAUUGAACUAAAUGAAUCGAUUAUGAGGAUAAAUGACAAAACAACCACAAGGGGGCGUGUCCACAGCAGCUGUUCCAGUAAAACAUUUGAAACAAUUCCAUAACAGAGUAAAUACAUUUGUUUGAUGUGGUUAAAAACAAUUUCCAAAUCUCUAAAUAUCCUUUUGUUUCGACUGUUUUUUGUUGUUUUUUAACACAUUUACGAGUAAAAAUCAACAGUUUUCCGCACAUUUCAAACAAAGCUGCCGUCUUGAUUUAUCCAGUGAUGCAAAAGCUUAAAUGUCCUGAACUUAAACGUAGCCUAAAUCGCAAAGUUUAGGUAAAAAAACAUUUAUAUAUAUGUUUAAAACCGGUAGGAAAUAAUCCUAAUUUAGUGACCUAAUCUCAAAAUUUGACGUACAAUAGCAAUAAUAUUUCACUUAAUGAGCCUGUCGCGCUAUUUUACUUUUAGCAUCUUACAUAACAUGGGAUUAAACCACUGCAUCAUACCAAGAACAAAAACCUGCCGUGGACACGCCCCCCGCCCUGUUGUUUACCAAACAUGUAGCAGAGCUAGAGCUAGCAUUCAACGACUCAAACAAAACAACGCACUAUCUCCGAGCAGGAAGCUUCCCUCCUGAGCACGGCGCCAGAGUAGUCCCCGCCUCCAGGGAGCAGGAGGAGUCGCAAAGCCAGCGUCGGAAGAGAUCGCUAUUAAGAAAACCGUCCGACAAGCUAACAUCGUAAAAACCGAAACCACUUU